AGCGCGGUGGGGCCAGAGUUGCCGGGAAGAAGCCAUCACUUGGAGCGGCCGGAGGAGCCACCGGCGCCGGAACGAGACUGACCGGUCUGCUGAAAGAGCCAGGGGAACCCAGUCCAGUCCCAGGGGCUUGGCUCCAACUUAGCGCCCCACUCCAGCGUUCAUCAUCCUCCUAGGACCCGUUCCUCUGGGGCCUGGCUCGGGGCGUCCCCGGCAACGACUCGCCGAGGGCCAUGUCCAACCCCUUAAAGCAAGUGUUCACCAAGGACAGAACCUUCCGUCCCAAACGCAAGUUCGAGCCAGGGACGCAGCGGUUCGAGCUCCACAAGAAAGCCCAGGCCUCCCUGAACGCGGGGCUGGACCUGAAGCUGGCCGUGCAGCUGCCAGCCGGCGAGGAGCCCAACGAUUGGGUGGCCGUGCACGUGGUGGACUUCUUCAACCGCAUCAACCUCAUCUAUGGCACCAUCAGCGACAACUGCACCGAGGAGUCUUGUCCGGUCAUGUCAGGAGGCCCCAAGUAUGAGUACCGCUGGCAGGACGAGCACCGGUACCGGAAGCCAACCGCCCUCUCCGCCCCCCAGUACAUGAACCUCCUGAUGGACUGGAUCGAGGUUCAGAUCAACACCGAAGACAUUUUCCCCACCAACGUCGGGACUCCAUUUCCUAAGAAUUUCCUGCAGGUGGUGAAGAAGAUCCUGUCCAGGCUGUUUCGAGUUUUUGUUCAUGUCUACAUCCACCAUUUUGAUAGGAUCACUCAAAUGGGCUCUGAGGCCCAUGUGAACACCUGCUACAAGCACUUCUACUAUUUUGUGAAAGAGUUUAAUCUGAUAGAUACCAAGGAGUUAGAACCACUGAAGGAAAUGACCUCCCGCAUGUGUCACUGAUCGGCCCUGGAAUCCCCUUCUCUCCAACGAAGAAGAUGGUUUUGGGGAAGCAGAGACUCUUAUCAGUGUAUAUAUGUGUUGUGUUUUGUUUUUUAACCAAGAGCACCGUGCUGUUCCACCACCACCCUCCCGCCUCCUGCCCUGUUUCCCUAAGAUGCUUCAGAUAGGUGAAGGUUCAGAGUUUGGUUUGUUUUUUGUUUUGUUUUCUUCCAAGUUAGUGUCCCUGUUUACUGCUUUUUAAAUCCGUUUCUUGCCAGGAAGCAGGCACCUUUUUUAUCAGCAAAACCAGCUUACUCACAUGCCUCCUCAUCGUCUCCCCAAAUUCAUCUCUCUUGACCAAGGUGUUUCUUUGGUUUUUUGUUUGUUUUUUUUUU